ACGGAAGUAGUAGGUCAUCUGGGGACCGUUCGACUACAUCUAAAUGCCUACUAAGUAUUCGGACACCCUACGGAUUGUGAUGUACUGCUUUUUGAGUACUAUAUAGUAUGGAAGUAUGAGUAUUCGGAUGCAGCCCACGACUUUGGUUCCUACCACUUCAACAACGUCAAGAUGGAAGAGCAGCUCAUCACUGCGGUCUCCAACAACCCUGAACUAUACAACUGCACUCACCAAGCAUACAAGGACAAAAAUCGAAAACGUGGUGCCUGGGUCCGUAUUUCUGAGAUCAUUGGCAUUCCCCCUGACGACUGCAGAAAAAAAUGGAAGAAUCUUCGCGACACGUAUCGACGGGAAAUGGCUAAAGAACAGGAGCGGGGCAGAAGUGGUGCCGCGGCCACAACGCAGCGACCAUGGCGCUACUCUGCCAUUAUGGGGUUCCUCAACCCCUUCCUGGAGUCACGGCCAAAUAGUGGCAACAUGGAAAGUGUUGGGAACCCCAUGAUUGUACAGGAGGACAGUGACACAGUGGGUCCAGCAGCUAGGCAGGAGUGUAAGGAGGAGCCACAGCACCAUGCUCUCUCCUGUUCCUCCAACUCCACCUCACCCGCAGCCUGGCAUUCAACCCCUACCCCAACCCCAACCCCUGCCCCAACCCCUGCCUUGCCCUCCACCUUGACCCCUAGAUUUUCCUCCAGGACAGCAGUGUCCACCCCCACCAGGCCACCACUGAAGAGGUUCAGGGAGGACUCAUUUGAGAGGCACCUGCUGGAGACAUUUGAGCGUGCAGCCAAUAGAACUGAGGAUUCGGAUGAACUCUUCCUCCGCAGCCUCCUCCCAAUGCUUAGGCCAUUAAAGACAAGGAGGAAGGAGGAGUUGAAAAUGGCCAUGCACCGCCUUGUCUUUGAUGCCUAUUGUAGGCAAGAAGAGGAGGAGGCUGAAUUGUUAAAUACACACUAGUUCAAAGCAGGGUAGGGCUGGGCAAUAUAGCCUUCACCAUAUAACGAAUAGUUGUUGUAGUUUUUUUGUUAAUUUUGUUAUCACUUGUAUCCAGUGGUGGC